GAGGAAUUCGAUAACGUCUAUAUAAACCGGUAUUGAGCGAACUAUAGUCAGACCAUUCUUUGGUAUCGAGUUUGACAAGAGUGCAAGCACGUUCCAGAAUCUGACAAAGUACAUACAGCAUGAUGACCGCCCGACAGAUUUCGUGUGCAGCUCUCUUGCUAGUCAUCGGCUUGGCUGCUGGGGUUGAUCUGGACUGUCCACCCUUCUGGACUCGCUUCGGUGACCACUGUUACCGUUUCUUCCGCCCUACCAAGUCCUGGCCAGCGGCCGAGGAGCACUGCCAAGAGUUCUUUUCCCGAAAGGGCCAGGGGCACCUGGCGUCCAUCCACACUGCGGAAGAGAACAGCUUCCUGAUUCAGAUGUGGCAAACUCUGGUCCCAAGAGAAAGAAAUUACGUUAAUACCCACGUCUGGCUCGGACACACUGACCAGACGAAGGAAGGGAACUUCUCCUGGAGUGACGGGACGGGCUUUCGCUACAGGGCAUGGCGUGACGAUCAGCCAGACAACGGUGGGCAGGGAGAAGACUGUGGCACUUUUUGGAACCACGGCAGUGUGAUAGGAUGGAAUGACGUUCCAUGCAGGGCCAUCUUGCCGUACAUCUGCAAAAUGCCCAUUAAUAAGGAGUAAAUCGAAGGAAACCUGAAAAGUGGCCACAACCAGCAUCACUGCAUCGAUCUUUCCAUUAUGAACUUGAAACAACGACUCGGCACAACGCACACUGGCAGAUGAAGGACCGUGUGACACAAAACCAGUCAUGCCAAGGAGUCGUGAAAAACACCCAAUGACGGAACACCGUGCGUCCGUGAACAGAAACGCAGCGACAAUAGUAUGGUGCUAUUAAUUGCUGGAACACUUUUGAUUCAAUACUUAUCUUUUUCAAACUUUCUCAGUUGCAUGAACGAUGGUUCGUUUGGAAACUCCUUUGCAGUAGAGGUGUUGCUGACGAGAGCUCUGCAAUAAUUUGAUGAGGUUUCAUAUCAGAAUCAAUCUACCUCUUUGAAUUAUCGACGGUUACCCACAUUAAGUUACCAACGUCUAUGUAUUUUAUUGACUCUUUAUAAAAAUAGCUUUAAAUACACUUUGUCUCAGGUUUAUGAUCAGAUAUACACGUUAUGGAUGGUGGUUCACUUUUUAA